AUGAGUCAAUAUUUAAAUUUUUUAAUAUUUUUCUUGGUUUUUUACUUUUUUCGACCAGUUUUUGGGCUUGAUGGUCGAUUUGACAAUCCUUGGUGGUAAGGCUUUUGAAUGGCAAUAACUUUCUUUACAGAACAAAAAAUGGCAAGAACUUCUUUUACAAAACAAAAAAUGGCAAGAACUUUUUUUACAAGGCUUAAAAUAGCAAGAACUUUCUUUACAAAAGGAAAAAAUUGCAAAAACUUUCUUUACAGGGAACGUCAAAGCUGGGGGCCAACUACGACAACCGGUCCUCCUCAACCAGGUAUUAAAACUCGGAGCUUGUCAGGAACGUUCGCAUCAGACGGUCGAAAGCAAACCAAUGCUGAUGUGAUUUUGUUAAUGACCGUCGGUUUGAGGGAUGGAUUUGCAAUCCGAAGAGUUAAAGCCUUCAAUGACAGAAUAUUCUUGGACCGAUACAGGAGAAGCUAUUGGUUGGGCACUAGGUACUAUGAUAAGGUAGGAAAACUUGCCUUGCCUUGCCUUGCCUUGCCUUGCCUUGCCUUGCCUUGCCUUGCCUUGCCUUGCCUUGCCUUGCCUUGCCUUGCCUUGCCUUGCCUUGCCUUGCCUUGCCUUGCCUUGCCUUGCCUUGCCUUGCCUUGCCUUGCCUUGCCUUGCCUUGCCUUGCCUUGCCUUGCCUUGCCUUGCCUUGCCUUGCCUUGCCUUGCUUUGCCUUGCCUUGCUCUAUCUUACCUUACUCUACUCUGCCGUGUUCUAUCGUUACCUAUCUUACCUUACUCUAUCUCAUUCUACCUUACUCUACUUUAUCUUACUCUACCGUACAUUGCCGUACUGUAUUGGACUUUACUUCAUGCUAUCUUACCAUACCUUUUUCUAUCUUAUCAAGCCUUAACCUGUGCUGUAUCUUAGUACAUAUUAUUACUAUUUCUAACACACACUCUAUCGUACUAAGUUAUGUUCUUAGCGUUUUUUAUUUUUUGCUUCUUCAGUGACUACUGCCGUAUUUUACCUUACCCUACUAUAUUUAUAUUCCUGUCUUACCUAAUCUCUUUGUUUUUUCUUCUUGUAAUUGUACUGUAACUAAAUGCCAUUAUAAAACUUCCAGGACAACUUCUACUACUUAGACACCAGAGACACCUGCAUCUACAACAUGGAUCAAGACGAACGUAAAGAGCUUGAGUACGAAGACGGUGAACCGAUCUAUCAGAUUGUUUAUCAGUAGGUUUUAAUGAUUUUGACAUUUCUUGUAAACAUCUAAUGGUUUUGCCAUUUUUUUAAAUCUUUUCAUGUUAUAAGGCCAGUGGUCCAACUUUUUCGACACAUAUGUUGUUUUAGAUGCCAACGCUACGCUCAAUAUUGUUGUGGGUUGGAUUGUUGUCAAAACACUGGCGCUUUUCGAGAAGGAUAA